AUGGCCAACGUCAAGGACCAGAUCCAACCCAUCGCCAUCGUUGGCUUGAAUCUCAAGUUCCCUGGAGAUGCAACCUCGGUGGAAUCCUUCUGGGAGAUACUCGAGAAAGCAAGGAACGCCUCAAGUAAAGUUCCUUCAUCUCGCUUCAAUGUCGACGCGUUUUACCACCCAGAUCCUUCACGUCUCGAUAGCAAGGCACAUUUCAUGAAAGAGGAUCCUCGGGCUUUUGAUGCCGCUUUUUUCAAUAUGUCGCCAGCAGAGGCAUCCAUCCUGGACCCUCAACAGCGUGGACUCCUCGAAGGCACAUAUCACACCUUUGAGAACGCUGGCUUGGCUAUAGAGAGGGUCGCUGGUUCUCAGACUUCCGUCUUCUGCGCGUCCUUUGGCCGUGACAGUGAUGCAAUAGUGGCCCGAGAUCCAGAAUUUCAGUCCCGGUAUCAAGCAACUUCGUCCGGGUCAUCAAUGUUGUCGAACCGCAUCAGUCAUUUCUUCGACCUUCGUGGUCCUUCUUUGACGAUUGAUACAGCAUGUUCCAGCGGACUAUACGCCAUUCACCUAGCAUGUCAAAGCAUACUCAAUGGAGAAUCCGAAAUGAGUCUAGUUUGUGGCUCCAACACUUACCUCACCCCCGAGUGCAUGAGUUUCCCUCUGAGCAACGCCGGCUUCCUAUCACCUGAUGGUCGGUCUUACAGCUUUGACCGGAAAGCCAACGGGUACGCACGCGGAGAGGGAUACGCUUUCGUUCUUCUGAAGCCAUUGGCGAAAGCCCUAGAGGACGGAGACACGAUUCGCUCUGUGAUUCGUGCAACGGGUGCAAACCAAGACGGACGGACGCCAAGUAUUACUCAGCCAAGUGCCGCCGCUCAAGUAGAGCUCAUUCGAAGAACUUACGAGGCUGGAGGACUGGAUCUUUCCGAAACUGAAUACGUGGAAGCGCACGGGACCGGCACACCCGUGGGUGACCCGAUCGAGGUUUCCGCGAUCGGAGAGGUUUUCAGAUCUCAUAGGUCCAGUCCGCUGUGGAUCGGAUCUGUGAAGAGCAACAUUGGCCAUCUCGAGGGCGCCAGUGGCCUGGCAGGCUUACUCAAAACAGUCCUCUCACUGGAGAAGGCAAUUAUUCCCCCCAUUGCCGACUUUGAAGCGGUAAACCCAGCAAUCGACGUCCAUGCGCUGGGCGUGCAGUUCCCAACGUGCCCUACCCCUUGGCCUGUGACUACUUCAGGAAUUCGCCGGGCGUCCGUAAGCUCGUUUGGAUAUGGAGGAUCCAACGCUCAUGCUGUCCUGGACGACGCAUAUAACUAUCUUCGGAUCCGCGGCCUUGCUGGAAAUCACUUAUCGGUGGCCAAGCAGAAUCCUUCAAAUACGGGGCUCGUCACAAACAGCAGCACUGCAAGCGGAACAGUCGACAAUAGCCUUAUAGAUGGCAAUACCCCUGAUGCCUUUUCUGACGUUUCCGACGAUAGUGGUGUCAUAGUUGGCUACGAAGGCGAGACUGAAUAUGGUUCAUUCUCACUUCUCACGUUCUCAGCCGCCGAUGAGGAUGGUCCACGAAGACAGGUCUCGGCGUUACAAGAUUAUGUCGCUGCCCAGCCUCAGAAAUCACGCAAGGCUGCAGAGAAAGUCUUCCUUGCCGAUCUAGCUUACACUCUUUCUCAAAAAAGUCUGUUCAACUGGCGAGCAUUUGCUGUCGUCAAUUCGGAAGCGGACGUCAGAGGCGGUCUCACAGACAUCCUUUCACCUGUUACCUCGGUUUUGUCAUCGAAGAGGCCAGAGCUUAAUUUCGUUUUCACCGGCCAAGGAGCUCAGUAUCCGCGUAUGGGUGUUAAUCUCAUACGCCACGAAGUAUUCCGGCAAAGCCUGUUGGAUUGCGACGAAUACCUUCGGUCCCUUGGUUGCGAGUGGUCCGUCUUGACCGAGCUUCGAAAGGCGUCGGGGUCUUCCAGGGUUCAAAGACCGGAAAUCUCGCAGCCCCUUUGCACCGCUCUCCAGAUUGCCAUUGUUGACCUCCUCCGAACUUGGAACAUUGUCCCACAAUCCGUUUGCGGUCACUCAUCGGGCGAAAUCGCGGCAGCAUACUGCGCUGGAGCCCUUGAUCGUCGUUCUGGUUGGAAAAUUGCAUACUUUCGAGGCGUACUAGCCAGUCGAUUGGUAUCAAAUUGUUCUCAAAGCCAGACUACAAUGAUGUCUGUCGGCCUGGGUGAGGUUGCCGUUCGCCCCUACCUUUCGAACGGGAUCUCAGUAGCUUGUAUCAACAGCCCAGUCAACGUGACACUUUCAGGGCCGAUCAAGGGGAUACAGCUCCUCCAGGAGAGACUUGAGAAGGAAGAGGUGUUUUUCAAAAGAAUUCCUGUUAACAUUGGAUAUCACUCCCCAGCUAUGGAAGCUGUCGCAGCCGAGUAUCGAGGUCGGAUUCGCGAUAUUGGUCCACCUAUCACUACAGCCGAUUACUGGGUCCAUAAAGAGUCGCCAGUGACUCUUUACUCAUCGACUGAGGGAGAUCUCACAUCUUUCGAAGCGGUGACGGACCCUGCGUAUUGGGUGAAGAAUCUCAUUUCGCCUGUCCUCUUUUCGACUGCUCUCGAGGCCAUGACUGGGUCAAAACAAGGAAGGCAACAUUUCCUCCUCGAAAUCGGUCCUCAGUCCGCUCUCCGGCGACCAGUCCAAGACACUUUGACGCCUCAUCUCGGCGACAAAGCUGCUAAGAGAUGGCAGUACACCAGCAUCUUGAAUCCUGACCUCGAUGACGGCCGGUCGGUGAUGGAGGCACUUGGCACUCUCUGGGCAGCUGGCAUCCCAAUUUCUUUGACUAAGCCGAACCAAAAUUCCACUCAAGUUAACCGGAGACCCAAAAUCCUGGUAGAUCUUCCCUUGUAUCCCUUCAACCGGUCUCGGGAGUUUUGGGAGGAAAGCAGACUGAGUCGCAACUAUGCGAAGCGCCUGUACCGGCGGCAUGCUCUUCUUGGCAUCAGAGACCGUGACUGGAACGCUGAGGAGGGAAGCUGGAGGCACUUGAUCCGGUCCCAAGAGAAUCCCUGGAUCCUGGACCACGCUCUGAAUGGUUCACCACUCUACCCGGGCUCCGGCAUGCUUGUCAUGGCCAUCGAGGCAGCUCGCCAGCUUGCCGCUCCAGUUGAACCCCGUAUCCGAGGUUAUCAGCUAGAAAACAUACGCUUUCUUCGAGCCAUCGAUGUCGAUGACUCGGAGCGCGGCACGGAGGCAAAGAUUGUUAUGAGGCGCCGUCGACAGGCUACGAAUACCAGCGGCCAACAGCUAUGUUACGACUGGCGGGUCUUUGGCACCAAUGGCGAUGACUGGAGCGAGUGCGCGUAUGGCAGUAUCAAAGUCGAACUCGAGCCGGAACAAAUGUUGGAACCCGAGCAGGUCGCUGCUUCCGAAGCUCGUCGAGCCCGCUUUGCUUUGUCUAUCACAAAGCAACUUCAGGCAGACGUUGACAAAUGCCGCUUGGUUGUACAUCACAGCCAACUAUACAAGAACAUGUCCAAGCGAUCAGGCUUUGACUAUGGGCCGUAUUUCCAAUUGCUGAGAGACAUUUCCUAUGACAGGGAGGGCCAUGCUACAGCCACGCUGGCGUCGAGAGAUUACGCCUCGACAAUGGCAUACGCUGGAGAAGAUCCGUGCGUGGUUCAUCCGAGCACAUUGGACGCAGUCUGUCACCUUCAGAUGGUUGCACUAUCACAGGGUGGCUGGAACGCUGUCCCUACGAUGAUGUUCUCCCAUCUACGAAAGUUGUGGGUGUCCCAAAAGCUCUUUGAGGCGCCAGGGAAUCCCCAGCUGCGGGCUGCAACUCAAGAGACUAUGCGAGCUUUCAGAGAAGCUGAGUGUAGGACACUGGUCACAUUCGCUAACACCAAUGAGCCCGUGCUCGUCCUAGAAGGCCAGCGCGGCACCGCCAUCACAAGUCUCAAGUCAGCCGAUGCUACUACCUCUCAAGGGGACUCUGGUCAAAAGUUCUACGGUCUCGACUACAAGCCCGACUUGUCUCUUCUAACGGAAGAGGAAAAAACUCGAUACUUUGCGUCUGCUUUCCAGGAGGACCCACGAUCCCGUGCCCCUCCGAAAGAGCUCAUCGACCGUGCCGAUGCCAUUGCUCUGCACUUCAUUGAGGCAGCUCUAGAGCAAAUAGACAAGGAAGAUAAACCGAUUCAGUUUGAUAAUCACCUGAACCGAUAUGUGGCAUGGAUGCGACGCGUGCACCAGGCCCGGAACAAGUGGACGUUGGAGUCGCGUGGCUUGAGUCACUUGAAUAUCCAAGAGAUCUUGCUCGAAGCCGAUGGCGAGCCUACCCAGAAACUCACAAAGAAAGUUGGCGAAUCUCUACACGACAUUCUCAAGGGAGAAGCGAAUGCUCUCCAGGUCAUAUUCGAGGGCAAUCUUGCCAACGAGUUUUACCAUUCUGAAGUCUUUGCAACCAACAACAGCAAGAUGGGAGCUUAUAUGAGCGUCUUGGCUCAUGCAAACCCGAAACUUCGUGUGUUAGAAGUCGGCGCCGGAACUGGUAGCUCGACCGGUCGAAUUCUUCCUUACCUGACUACUCAAGGAGUAGAGGGUGGCCCUCCAGAGGCUGUGCGCUUUGGCGAAUACUGCUACACGGACAUCUCGGCUGGGUUCUUCGAAAAGGCGCGAGACCGCUUCUCCUACGCGGCAAGCCACAUGACGUUCAAGAAGCUGGACCUUGAGAAACAUCCCGAAACCCAAGGGUUCGCUGAUGGAACUUACGACGUUAUAGUCGCAGGUAAUGUGUUGCAUGCCACAAGCGACUUGCUUCAGACACUUCGAUACGUCAGAGGCCUCCUACGUCCUGGUGGUGUGCUUGUCCUGGGGGAGACUGUGAAUCUGGACAAUGUCCGAGAUGGUCUCAUCUUUGGCCUCUUGCCUGGCUGGUGGCUGCGCGAGGGGCAAUGGUGGUCUACAAACAAGGAGUACCAAGACCAGGGUCCUCUUCUAACAGAGGAACAAUGGAACAUGGUUCUCUGCGAGGCUGGUUUUCCGGGCAUCCAAAUGGCUUUCCGCGACCAUGAACAGAAGCCGCAUCACAGAGUAUCCGUCAUCAUAACUACGCGGCCAGAGAAUGAAAGCAUUCCAGGCCAGUCGGUCAGACUCCAGUCUACAUACCGCAUCGUCGUGGAUCCUGCAUCUACGAUCCAGACUUCCGCAGCUGAGUCUCUCCGGAGCCGUCUUAUCAAAGAAGCCCAGCCUACUAGGGCGGAGAUCUCCAGCAUGGCGAGCAUGGCGUCAGGAAAUACCAAGCUGACAGGGGAUGAGAUAGCAAUCAGCUUGUUGGAGUUGGAUGGCCCGGUACUGCCGACCGUUGCCGCAAACGACUUCGCAACAAUCAAGAAGAUAUGCCUUGACACCAGGUUUACGUUGUGGUUAACGUACGGUGGAGCACCCAAGGCCACCAACCCAGCAGCUGAGAUUGCCGUCGGACUGGGCAGGAGUGUCUGUUCAGAGAGAGGAGAUCAAGGCUUCAUUACUUUGAGCUUGUCCUCUCGCCCUGAAAAUCACAACGCUAUUACAAGUGCCGUAGACACAAUCAUGCGUGUUGUGAGAAGACUACGCAAUAUCUCCUGCCCUGGGAUCGAAAACGAGUCAGAGUUCUCAGAAAGCAAUGGGUUGAUUUGCAUCCCUCGCCUCAUGCCAACUCCUCACAUCGAACAAGCCCUUUCCGCAAAGCAGGCUGGCGACAGGCUGAAGUCAUUCACUUUCAAUGGAAAUACUCCCAAGCCACACAUCAGUAUCACCAUUGAAACCCCUGGACUCCUUGACACCAUCUUCUACGCUGAGGAUAGCGGCGGCGAUGAGGAGCUCCAAGCGGGGGACAUCGAGAUAGAAGUCGAGGCAACUAGCAUGAACUUCAAGGAUGUCAUGAUCGCUCUCGGCCAGAUUCCUGGACGAAGUUUCGGAUUCGACGGCGCCGGUGUCGUCUCUCGAGUUGCACCGGGAAGCCAACUUCGUCCAGGUGACGCCGUACUUUUCUGCAGCUCGAACGGAGGUGGCUUCGGAACAUAUGUGCGCUGCCCCGAGCUGCAAACAGAGAAGAUACCUUUGGGCAUGUCUUUCCAAGUGGCCGCAGCUAUUCCGGCGGUGUGGUCCACGGUGGUAUAUUCUCUCGACCAUAUAGCACGUCUCAGCGAAGGCGAAACCGUUCUCAUCCACGCAGCCGCUGGAGGCGUGGGUCAGGCCGCCGUGCAGCUCGCUCAGCUGCGAGGUGCCAAAAUCUUCGUUACCGUGGGAAGCCAGACAAAGCGUGAGCUUGUCAAGCAGCUGUUUGGUAUUUCGGACGACCAAAUCUUCAACAGCCGCGAUGACACCUUUGCAGAAGAUGUGCUUCAUGCCACUGGUGGUCGCGGCUUGGACGUUGUGCUCAACUCCUUGGGCGGCGAGCUUCUUCGCCAGUCCUGGGAAUGUAUCGCACCCUUUGGCCGCUUCAUCGACAUUGGCAAAGCGGACAUCAUUGCCAACAACACACUGCCAAUGGGCCCCUUUAAUCGAAACGUGACUUUUUCUGCUGUUGAUCUAGUAGUGGUCCACGAGGAGGCGAAGCCCUUGAUGAAGAAAAUCCUGCAGGAUGUCACACGGUUGUUCGAGCAAAACCCCCACUUACACGAACCCAAACCGCUUCACAUCUUCUCACCGUCAAAGCUUGAGGAUGCAAUGCGUUUCUUGCAGGGUGGUAAAAAUACCGGCAAAGUCAUCAUUGACUACGCUUCUUCGAGCGAUACGGUUGAGUACCGUCCGUCGCAACGUCAGCACAGAUACGACUUCCAGGCGGAUGCCACGUACGUUAUUAGCGGAGGCUUGGGUGGCCUCGGUCGCGAAAUCGCUCGGUGGAUGGUCUCUCGAGGAGCCCGGAACUUGCUUCUCCUCUCCUCGCGCGGUGUUGCAGGACGACCAGAUGCCCUCAAGUUCAUUCGGGAGCUCGAGACUAUUGCCGGGGUUACAGUCCUCGCACCGGCCUGUGACAUUGUUGACCGAGGAGCAGUCGAGGAGACGCUGCUGCGGGCAUCAAGAGAGCUUCCACCAAUCAAGGGCUGCAUACAGGCUGCCAUGGUUCUCCGCGACGAUAUGCUUGCCAAGAUGUCUUGUGCGAUGUUCCACGAAACUCUCAAUCCGAAGCGCGCCGGAUCAUGGAAUCUGCAUCAACUCUUGCCAAACAACAUGGACUUCUUUGUCUUGCUCUCCUCCUUCUGUGGCAUCAUGGGAAACCGCGGACAGAGCAACUACGCAGCAGGAAACACUUUUGAAGAUGCUCUCGCACGGCAUCGUGUAGCGCAGGGUCUGAAGGGCGUCUCCGUUGACCUGAUGCUAGUCGCCGAUGCGGGAUGGGCUAAUGUCAACUACGAAUCCGUGACGCAGAGCCUCCGUGCCGGUAAUUCCAACCUCACACAAGCACAAUUGAUGGAGUUGCUUGAUAUGCUCUGCGAUCCGAGCUACGACUGCGCAAAGCCCGGAGCAGCCCAGGUCGUCAACAUGGUGGACAGCGCGGCGGACCUGGCACGCAUGACACAACAGGGGCUCUUGGAUUGGAUGCAUAAGCCCAUGUUCAGCAAUUUCCUUCGCAUGGGCGAGACAGAGGAUAGUGGCAACAGCCAUGGAUCCGGCGGAGGCAAGUGUGAUGGAAACGACGACGUCAAUUGCCUCGCUCUCGUAAAGGCAGCGGCUGACUUGCCCACUGCCAGCGAGAUCGUGACUCAAGGCCUCGUUCAAAAGCUGGCCAAGUCGCUUUCUGUACCAAUUGAGACGCUCGAUGCGGGGAAGCCAGCUUACGUUGUCGGCGUGGAUUCCCUUAUUGCAGUUGAAGUGCGGUAUUGGUUCAUGAAGCAGCUCCUUGUCGAGGUGCCAGUAUUUGAAAUUUUGAAGAACCAAAGUAUCACGGAUUUAUGUCAACAGGUAGCCUCGAAGAUCCUGCAAAGCAAUUCUAAGUAG